AUGACGUCAAAGCCGCCGCCCAAUCCAAAUCCAUAUUAUCAAGCAAAUAUAUGGUCUCGAUUCUUUCAUGGUUGGAUAUCAAUUUUAUUGAACAAAAGUCAUAAACAAGGUACACUGCAUUUAACUGAUCUUUAUGAUCUUCUCUCACAUCUUGAAUCAACAAAAUUAACUGAACAACUCGAAGCAAAUUGGUUUGAUGAAUUGAAACAAACAAAACGUAAACCAAGUCUUAUUCGUGCAACAAUACGAACAAUGGGUUGGAAACCAUUUCUUACAGGUUUAUUACUUAUUCCAACUGCUAUACUUACAUUUUCUCAACCUAUAUUAUUAACAUUUCUCAUGGGUUUUUUUGAAUCAUGUUCUACUAUGCCAACAUCUCAUGCGUGGCUUUUAGCUAUUGGAACUAGUCUUACUGCAUUGAUAGCUUCUAUUAUUUAUCAUCAAUAUUUUUAUAGAAUGACUAUAUAUGGUGCACAAAUGCGUAUAGCAUAUACUGGUUUAGUAUAUCGUAAAAUUCUUCGAUUAUCAAGUCAUUCAACGAAUACUAUUGGUUCUGGUCAAAUAACAAAUUUAGUAUCCAAUGAUGCAAGUCAAGUUGAAAUGCUUUUCUACUUUAUUCAUUAUACAUGGGUAAUAAAAAAAUUAGUUAUAUAA